AUGACAUUCAUUUUAUUACCAUUUCCCUUCACCAUGAAGACAGUACAAGAACAAAGAAUAAAAGAAGAAAAACAACGGAAGUGUGAAGCAACGCUAGUUGACAUCAUUUUAGAAAACAAGAGGGAUAAAACACAGCAAUUUUUUAUUCAUCCCUUGACGAUGGCUAAAGAAAAAAGAGUCUAUGUUUGCAAAAAAUUGUGA